AUGGUCAAGUGGGUCACCAGGACCUUUUCAUACAUUGAUCGCUAUUAUGUUGUCCGCCACGAGGAGCCCACCCUCGAAAACGCCGGUUAUAUGUGCUUUAAGAAGGAAGUUUUUGAUUCAAUCGCUCCAGACGUGCGUCGUGCCGCCUUGAGGAUUGUCCGUCGAGAGCGCGAUGGCGAGACCGUAGAUCGCGCCCUGCUCAAAGCCGUUUUGGGCAUAUUUGUCGAGAUGGGCAUGGGCAAACUCGAUGUCUACACCCAGGAGUGGGAAACACCCUUUCUGGAGGCCACCGCUGAGUUUUAUCGCCGGACGUCUGCUAAGUGGGCAGAAGAGGAUUCUUUCCCAGAGUUCAUGGUCAAAGCGGAUGCCGGUUUUGCAGAGGAGCAGGAGCGAGCUGCCCAAUAUCUUAAUGCCCAAACUCAAGAUCGCUUGUUGCGCGUUUACGAAAAGGAGGUUCUUGUCCUGCAUCAGGCCAACAUGCUAGCCAAGGAAAAUUCAGGGCUCGUGGCCUUGCUUGAAAAUAGUAAGUACGAUGAUCUACAGCGAUUAUUUCGUCUCUAUAAUCGUGUAACACAAGGUCUGUUGCCCAUCGGUCAGAUUCUCAAAACCCAUAUUCAGAGAGAAGGCAUGGAACUUGUCCGCGAACAGCGAAGCCGACUUGAGAAUUUGAAGCAGGCUGAUCAAUCGAAGAGUAUGCCGGACGGUGGAAAGCCAAGUGCUGCCUCGACUAGCGCUGCUGCAAGUAGCGGAUCCCAUAGCGGGAAGCCAGACUUCAUACAAAGCCUUCUGGCCCUACAUGAUCGAUACAUGCACCUCGUGUCUGAUUGUUUCGGUUCGCAUGCUGUCUUUAUCAAGGCAAUGAAGGAAGCGUUUGAACGAUUCGUGAAUGAGCGUGUAGGAGACUCGUCGACAGCCCAAUUGUUUGCCAACUACUGCGAUUCUCUGUUGAACACUGGAGGUAGCGGCGCUAAAAUGUCAGAGAGCGAUGUCGAAACUCAACUAGAGAAGCUCGUGAAGCUUUUCACCUAUCUCUCCGAAAAGGACAUCUUUCAAGAGUUUUGCAGAAAGCAGCUGGCGAAGCGUCUCCUUUUGGACCGAUCACACUCUGACGAUGCAGAACGAUUCCUUAUCACGAAGUUGAAGCAGAGCUGUGGAGCUCAUUUUACGUCGAAGCUAGAAGGAAUGAUCGUGGAUAUCAACAUGAGCAAAGAAACUCAUCAAUUGCAAUUUACGCAAUGGAAUCUGCAAAGAACGGGAGCAUCAGCAGAAGAUGCAAGCGUUCAGAGCAUGUCUGGCGCUGCAGUUGUUGAUGGUGUUGAUUUCAACGUGCGCGUGCUGACGACGGGCCAUUGGCCAACGUACUCUGAGGAGGUUAUUAUUCUUCCGCCGCAACUGGCUGCUUGCGAAGCACGCUUCAAGGAGUAUUACGAUAUAAAAACAGCUCAGCGAGUAUUGAGAUGGUAUCACUCACUUGGCAAGGGCUCUUUGGAAACAUCUUUAUUUGUAGGGAAGAAACCAUACAAGAAGAUUGAACUUCACGUUUCGACUCACCACCUCUGCAUACUAAUCCUAUUCAAUACGACUGAUCAGUUGAGUUACGGGCAAAUUCUUGAGGCUGUACAGAGCAAGACGACUGACAGGGAAGGAAAUGCAGUAGAAAGCGGUGAGGAUCUAAUCAAGGCUUCAUUGGUGUCGUUGAUGUCCAAAAAGUAUCCCCUGUUGACGAAAGAACCAAAAGGACGUGAAUUUAAUCUCUCUGAUGUGUUUCGGUUAAACCUUAAGUUUGUUUCUCCAAAACGAAGGCUGAAUAUUCCGAUGCCGACAGCGAAGAUUAGUGAGCAGGAAAGGGAAGCCGCUCAUGAGACAGUGGUGGAGGACCGGAGACACGCGAUUGAAGCUGCAAUAGUAAGAGUCAUGAAGCAAAAUAAGACCCUUGAACAUCAACGUUUAAUUAUGGAGGUGAGCAAACUCUGCAACCCAGUGUUCAAACCAGAACCACGUGCCAUCAAGAACCGUGUGGAAGAGCUGAUCAACCGGGAUUAUCUGGCUCGCCAAGAGGGCAGUAAUGCUGCCUACGAGUACCUUGCAUAGAGAAGUGGCCGCGAGCAUGUUUUAACUGAUACCUUUGCAUCUGUGAUUCAGCGGUGAUUAUAUUACAUGGGCUGUCCCUGCGGCAUACAUCUCUAGAACCGAAGAAUAGUGGCCGACACUGCCUACGCAAUGAUGGAAGGUUCCAAAACCAUUGGAGCCGGCAAGGGGAUGGAAACGGUCUAGCUCAAGUGCUAGAAAUUCCUAGUUUGGAGGAAGAGCACCUUCCCACGAGACAUUUUCGAUUCGCAGUGCUGUGCGGUCAUGAGGUUUCCGUUUGCACCAUGAGUUUAAGUUUGGACCGCAAGUCGCUAGGGAACUGACGUAUGCAGGGGAAUGGUGCUACUCUGGACAUUCAGAGUCCGUCGAUAACUCCUGACCGUGGCCGUGGAGUACUACUGGAAAGAUCAGGUGAGGCCUUCGGAAGACUGAUGAGCUAGCUUCAGAAAAAAAUGCGAGGGUAGCGGAGGUAAAUAUGGUAAAAUUGUCGGAUGUUUCAUGGUUGAGAUGAGACGCAAUUUCGCUGCGGAUGCGGUUUCGUAUUAAACAUUUGUGCAGUGCACUCGUACUUGUCAGUCUAAACCAAGCCAGGUGAGCAUGAAAUAACCCCAAGCAACUCGCCCGAUCUCCCUGAACCUCAUCAACUCUAGAGGCAGAAGAUACAAUAUCUUAUAUCGAUGACAGGGAUCCUUCCCUCGUCCCAUGAUACAAGUUGGGCGCCGGCAGAGUACUGUACAUGUCCAUACCGACAAAGAGUCGCGUUUUCGUCCGUGGAAGUCCCAAUACAGUUCAACUAUGGGGUGUAUUUCGAAGAGUCCCGCGGGAGAUGCAGCUGGCCCGACUUGCCAUCAUGCCCAUUCUCCCUCGUGCAGUGUCUCUUCCGGGCCUGGCUGACGUUGACCAGGUGUGCUUCCGGUUGCCCAUGUAGGACGACAAUUCUUCCGAUGUGUUCUCGUAAAUAAAAAUUCUAGACA